AUGUCUCGUCAAAAUUUACAACGUCAACCAUCAGCUGUAUUUACUUCAGAUCAAGAUAAUGAUGGUGAUCAAAAUAAUGAUACUAAUUUAAUGGAUAUACAAUUUUCAACACCUGAAGGAAAAUCACAACGAAAAAAAAAGUCACAAUUUAUUAUUCAAUGUAAUUAUAUACCACGAACUCUUCUAUUUUAUAAUCAGCGUCGUCUAUCUAUUUUACCAACAUUUCCAUCAGUCAUUUUUAAUAAUAGUCCACAAUUAUUAUUAGCAAAUGUAUCGAUAAAUGAAUUAUCAUCAGUACAAUUAGCACGUCGUGAACAUGGAAAAUAUCAAUCAUCUUUUAAAGUUUUAAAUCCUGAUCCAAUAACACCAUCAUUAAUGAUUAAAUUUUAUAAUCAAAGAUUUGGUACAAUUCUUGAAUGUUUUAAAUUAGAUCGAUCAAUUUUAGAUCAUAAUUAUGCACGAUUAGAUGAAUUUAUUACAUUAUUUCGUUUGGCACUCGAAUUUUUUAAAAAGAAUUUAAUUAAUGAACGAUUUGUUAAUGAUAUUUAUGUUUAUAAUGCAAAAAUUAUUGCAGUUGUGCCACCAAAUACAAGUGAUUUAUUUCGUCGUAUUGUACAUUCAUUAUUCGUUACACAUACUGAAACAAAAUUAAAUGCAUUAGGACAUAUAUUUACAAAUACAGAUGCUGUUAAUAUUCGAAAUGGAAUUUGGUGUGCCAAUUUAAUACGUCGUACAAUUGUUCCAACAUAA